UAAUACAGAAUCAGUAAAACAGAGCGUGAGAACGCCGGUGUAUAGUGCUGAGCUGAGAACAGUGCCGGGCAGUGUUUAAUUGAGAACGGGGUUAGUGUUGAGGGACUGGGUAGUGUUGCGAACGGGUAAUUAACAACAGGUUAACGAAGACAAUAUAGUAGAUGAUAGACAUGGCGUCAAAUGAUGCAGAUGGAGUAACAAGAGUGUUAGUUACUGGUGCCUCAGGUUAUCUUGGUGCCCACGUGGUGAAACAGUUACAGGAAGCAGGUCACAGGGUCAGAGGAACAGUGCGAAGCACAAAGAACGAACAGAAGAUAAAACCACUUAAAGAGCUUUGUCCGAACGCUGCAUAUGAGUUAGAACUUGUGGAAGCUGAUCUCCAAAAGGAAGAUGGAUGGGAAAGUGCUGUUGCUGAUUGUAGCCAUGUGAUGCAUGUUGCGAGUCCAUUUCCAGCAAGCAAUCCUGCCAACGAAGAUGAAGUCAUUAGACCAGCAGUCGAUGGCACGAUGGUAGUUUUGAAGGCUGCGGUUGCAGCUAAGGUCAAACGAGUUGUUCUUACAAGUUCUUUGGUAGCUAUCACUUCUUUCUCAAAAUCAAGAUCAGUUUCUGAGGAAGACUGGAACACCGGAACUAAAGAGUCAGCUUAUAAUAAGAGUAAGACGAUGGCCGAGAAGGCAGCUUGGGAUUACAUCAAUGGUUUACCAGAUGAUUCUAAGAUUGAGCUUGCUGUGAUCAAUCCAUCACUUAUUAUUGGUCCGUACCUGACGAAUACCAAAGGAACUAGUGCCUCCAUGGUAAGCCAAAUGUUAAACCGUGAGAUGUCUCUACUUCCUGCAAUUAACUUUCCUUGUGUUGAUGUUCGCAAUGUUGCUGCUGCCCAUGUCCGUGCGAUGACCUAUGACACUGUAGUUGGUAAACGACACAUAAUGGCCACUAAAAACAUGUCGAUGCAAGAUGUCUCUAUCGUUCUAGCUGCAGAGUUCAAGCCUCAAGGCUAUAAUCCUCCAACAAAAGCGGCACCAAACUUUUUUAUGAGGAUCGUUGCUUUGUUCAACUCUGAAGUGAAAGGUUUACUUGGCUCGCUUGGUGUAGUCAUCACUGCUGAUAAUACCAGGAUGAAGGAUGUUCUUAAGAUAGAUCCUAUUCCAGUUGAGGAAAGUCUAAUUGAAAUGGGCUACAGUGUGAUUGAGAAAGGCUGGGUGAAGAAGACGUCAAAUUAUAAAGGCAGACCACAGGAGGCGGCAGAGGCUGCUGGUGAAGCCUCAAGCCAAGAAUAAUAACCAAGUGAAAGUGAGGCUGCAGUGGAGUCUAAGUAACCAGAAAAAAGAGUAGCUGCAACGGAGACUAAGUCAGCAGAAUGUGGCAAGAGUGCUACUAAAAAUGUAAACAUUAAAUUCUGUGUCAAUAAAAGGGUCAUCAGUAAUAUUCCAGGGUAGACAGAGGAAAAUAUGAAUUUCAUUCUAUUGUAUCAAAGUCAAAUUUGUUAACACAUUUUGUUUAUAGUCAUAUAAAACUAAUUUUCAAAUGGUAUUUAAAUUAUCAAAUAAAAAAAUAAUGUAAUUGUAUUCUUUGUAGUUUUAAUGGUUGAAUGACAUUUCUACAUUAUAUAUGGCAGUACUUUUACUGUGAUAGAUAGUAUUAUAUUAAUAAGAGGUAGAUUAUUAUUUUUUGCAGAGGUGUAGUCAUUUUGUGAAUACUUAAAUAUAAAAUAGUAAUUAAUUUUUUAGUUUCACAAUUUUAUUAUACUGUACUAUGAAAAUGGUAUCAUGUUUUUAGAUUCAAGAUUGAUUCUAUUUUCUAUUUAUAACAUUACUGUAUAUUUAAAUUAAGACAGUGUACACAAAUACAUUCUUUUUUACAAAAGUAAUUUGAACUUUACCUAAAAGAUUUUUUAAACUAAUGUACAAAAUUGAGUGUAAACAUAUUAUGCAACACAUUGUAUUGAUAAUAUACUGUAAUUGGAAUAUAUUGUAAUUAAUUGAAAGAAUAUAAUUCUCUUUUUGUCUUCAUUGUAUUUUGAGUGCAACAAAUUCUAGUUAUAAUUUUACUGUUAUUUACUAUGUAAUUGAUGUAUUGAUGAAUAAAAUAUUUGUUGUUAUACCACAAAAGAGAGAAAAAAAGUUUAAUGAUAUUUAAAAUAGGGCGCCCUCAAUGUCUUAUCCAUGUUUAUAUAAUAAUAAUUUAACCUUGAUAUAGCGCAUUCUGCUAAAGCUUUAAUGCACUUAACAAUUAAAAAAAUCUAGGAAUUUAAGAAAAUAUUGUUUAAAGAGAUGAAUUUAUACAACCACAUAAAUCUAAUAAGCUUGAAAAAAAAAAUUGGAUUGCUAACCUUGAAUACCGUAUUUCAAUAAACUAUUAGUUUUCAACAAAAAAUUGUGAGAAAGAAAUUUUUCAAUGAACAGUCGG